GGGAACACACACACACACACAGAGACAAAGAAGAGUGGUCUAUUGUAUACACAGACACACACACAGAGCUGCUGAUCAGUAACACACACACUCUCCACCGGGCUCUGGACUGACCACUUGAGGACACACACUUCAGGACUGUUUCCUAUCAUGCACCAGCGGAGCCUCUCGGAGCUCCAGGGCGUCUCCACUCAGCAGGGGGCCUCUGCCCAACAGACCAUCCAGGGUCGAGCCUUGUGGUGCUCCAGGCCACAGAGGGGGUCCAGACACCGCUGCCUCUGUUCGCCAAGGCGAGCUCCUCUCUGGGCAUGGUUCCUGCUGGGGGCCCUGGUGGCUCCGGGAGCCUGGAGCUUUCUGCGCGAGGACGAAGAGGAGCUGCUGGUGGAGCUUCACAACUAUUACAGAGGACAGGUGUCACCCAGCGCCUCGGCCAUGAUGCCUCUGAAAUGGGACCCGGCCCUGCAGCUGGUUGCACAGACCUACGCUGCUAAAUGUAUCUGGAGACACAACCCAGACCUGGACAACACCGGAGAGAACCUGUCUGUCAGGACCGGGACUAUGGACCUUCGAGAGGCUAUGGAGAAAUGGUUCCUGGAACGCAUGGACUACAACUUCCAGAACAACAGCUGUGAUGAAGAUAAGAUGUGUGGUCACUAUACACAGAUGGUGUGGGCAGAUUCGCACAAAGUCGGCUGUGCCACCCACAUCUGUGACACCAUGGAGGGACUGACCUGGAGAAAAGUCUUCUUCCUCGUCUGCAACUACUUCCCAGCAGGGAACUACGAAGGCAUGCAGCCGUACGUCGAGGGCGACUGGUGCUCCAGAUGUCCAGAAAACCUGCAGAAGUGUGAAAACAACCUGUGUGUUGAUGACACUGUGGAGGAACCUAGCGGAGAAGGAGAGGGCAGUGAAGAGGAGGAGACAGUUGUUCCUCCUCCAGCAACAUCUGAGCCCUCUCUUCAGCCUGAAGAGGAGAAGGAGGAGGAGAAGGAGGAGGAGAAGGAGGAGGAGAAGGAGGAGAAGGAGGAGGAGAAGGAGGAGGAGAAGGAAGCUGCUGCCACCACCACUACAACCAGUACUCCCAGUAUCAUGUCCACCACCACCAACCCCUUCAUUUCUGAGGGCGUCCCACCACCAGACUCCUCCCCUUCAGACGUCCCCCAAGCAACUCAGGGAGCAGAGGAUUGGGGGGUGAAGGAUGAGACAACGCAUAAGAUGGAGGGAGAAGUGGGACCAGGCACAUCAGAAAUAUUCCAGCACACUGAAGCUAGCACACAGAGCGCUGGCUCAGCACCUACACCUUCUGCUCUUUUAGCUGCUCUGACUGGGAUCCUGACUCUGAGGCUGUGAGGAGGAGGAGGAGGAGGAGGAGGAGGAGGAGGAGGAGGAGACAGUAAGUUCACUGCACAUUCCCCUGUUAAUCUGGCUCAUGGUAACAAACUGCUUCCCCUCUCACCUGCAGAGAAAAAUGGGUUCACUAAUAAUUCACCCUCAUCAAAAAAACAGCUGCUGUUCCACAACAUCUGCUGGUCUGGACUGAGAUCUGGGUCAGACAGUGUGCACGUAACCCCCUUCAGGAACACUUGGCCACCAGCCACUGACGUGUACUAACAGUGUUGCUAACAUGCUGGGGGAUUUGUUCUUGGGGCUGAAAACCAAGAGAACUCCACAUUAGGGAAACAUAUUUCUGUUAAAUUUGGGCUCAUGAGGUGAAGCAGGAGGCGAGUCUGACCUCAGACAGCAGCCGUCUCUCACUGCCUGUUUGUUUUGAUCAGAGGACGGUGAGAUGAGCGAUCAGUCUCGUGUGUCAGGACAUGGUUAGCUUAGCUUCAGCAGGUGGAAACUGCUAGCAUCGCUCCUCCCCCUGAAUCUGUGCAUGGCCCCACCUGAACGCUCCUCUGCAGCCAGGACCUCUCCUACAGAGGAGUGGUUUCCUAACAUGCUCUUAUCUCUGGUCCUCAAAACCACCAAUGAGAAGUUCUGGCCAGUUAGACAUGACCUCCUUCUCUGUCAGAGGUCAAAGCAGGUUCACCCACUAAAAUCUGUAAUUUGGUGCAAACACACUCUAAUGUUCCUGACAGCAAAAACACAAAGCUGAAAACCAAAAUGGGAUUUAAGUGCUGCUACGAGAGGCUGCUCACCACCUGAUGAACAGCCGGCCCGUGCACGCCGCCUCCUCCUUUGGAUCUGCAGGUGGACUCGCUCUGUCACACACAGGAUCAUCUCAUGUGGACAAACCAUUGCACAGAUGGAACGAGAGCAGAGCAGCGGAGACAUGACGACACGACUGCUGUUUGUGUCUCGAGCCGACGACCCUGCUUCUUGUUCAUCUGUUUCACUAACGUAUCUACUGUAGACCUUGUACUGUCUCAGCCUGGAACGACAACUGGACACAGCCUCUAAGAGUUCACGCCUCUGUUACACUGUCUUAGUCAGCAGGACAUUAACGUCAGAGUGCUGUAAAUGUCUGUAUAUAAGAUUCAUAAUGAAAUAAACCUAAAGUACAUGCG